GGAUUUUUGUGCGAAUGUCUUUGUUGAGGCUUUUUUGGCUCAUCAUGGCUUUGCGCGAGUUUGUUCUUCUUUGUUCAUUUUCGGCAUUUGAAGCGAUUCUGUGCGAUUUAGGGUUUGAUAACCUUUCGGCCAUUUCACUGUAAUCGCGCGAUUUUCGGCUCCUUAGCUUUAAACGCCCAUUUACUUUGCUUCAAAACUCGGGUAUUUUCCUCUUGAAGUGAGCAGAUUUUUACAAGGAAAUGCCCAAGUUUCAUUUUCGGGCUUUGUGAGCAUUUCGAGAAUAUUGACUCUUUUUGCAAGUUCGUGUAUGAUAGAGAAAAUGUGCGAUUUUACUUGGUUUCUAGCCUUUUGUUUCAUGAAACUUCGGCUUCAUUAAACUUUUUGCAUGAUUUGCACUAGCCUUUGAACUCGGCCUUGAAUGUUUUUAAACUCCCUCUCUCUAACUAGGCGUUUGGAAGAAACUCGGGCUUAGGAGGAGAAUGCAAGAUUUUGAUCUUUGAUGCCCUUCGCCCAGCGAUAUCAGGAUUUCCUUCGGCUUUUUGAGGGUGUUUAUGAAGGGAUUUCACAUAUGAUCAUUCUCGGGGCUUCUAUCGGUAUUUUCUGAGUUCCUGGAAGGCGACAUGAUUUGUCUUGACUCUUCAUCACCUGAACACAAAUUCGGGAUUCUACUGGCCUCAGGCUGUUCGGCUUUAACACGGAGCAUUUACCUUCUCUCUUUACGCAGAGCAAUGGGCAUAAUCCAAAAAAAUUAGGGGUCCCCUGUCACAGACGGGGAUGUGGUGCAAAAUGCACAACAACAUGGACAUUUUUUUUGAUGUCGAGAGAUGCCUAAAAAUACCAAAGCAAAGCAAAAUUAAAAUAAAAGAAACCAACACUUUUUUUUUUGGUUGAUGCAGGAUCGCUUAUGGACCCGGAUGCUCCUGCAUCAUUUCUUUCUCCAUUGUUGUCUCGCCCUUUGACACAAUUCAGUGACUUGCUCCCUAAGUCCUCAUCAAAUAACUGUUGCAGCCCUGAAGGUCUGUCACGAUGAAAUUUACUCAAUUUAUUAGAAAUCUAAGCCUGAUCAUUAAAUAGUACAGCCUAUAAACUGAUUAGAGCCAGAUUGAUACUGGGAACAUGAUCUUUAAAUUGAAAUAUCUGCUGAAAGUCUUCUUUUAGCUGGUGCCAGCUUGAAAUGUCUUGGCAUGUCUCCUUGUGGACAUACCACACAAUUGAAGCCCAACAAUGUAAACAUGAACUUUACACAUUAAUUCCUUGUAAGGGACAAAACACACUCACAAACAAUAACAUAUACGCAACAUUAGUGCCCGACAAAUUAUUUGUGUUGUAUAAUGCAUAAGAUCAUAAUUUUCUGUACUGAGGUUUAAAGAUGACAGUUUCUCUCAUACCUAUCAAGACAUGUUGAGGAGGUCUAUUCUCAUUGAGUACGACCAUCGUGCCUUGAACACGAGUUUACUUUUCUGUGAAUUCUCAGAUAUCUGCUCAUGGAAUCAACACAGAUCAUAUUGUCAUUGAAUUAUAGCGGUAAAUAUAAUUCCAUGCUUAUGAUCAAUAGCUGAAGCUCUCCCUUAUUAUGAACAUAAUUUAAUACUUUUAAUUUGAUCCUGUAAAAAUUCAUCGAUUUUCUCAAUUUGUAAUGCAGCUACAGUACUGUGUUGAUCUCCUUGUUUCUGAUUCGUUUUCAGUGAGCACGUCAGAUAAUGACUGAUGGUCAUGGUUUCCUCCUCAUUGCUGGGAUAGCGGCUGCCACUAUAUGACCGAUCACUCUCGGUUUGUUGUCAUGUGGAUCUGCAGAGAGCGAUGAACUGGGGUCUGAUUUAUGAUCUGACUCUGGAUAACUAUGCAAAGUUCUUAUGCAGCUUUGAUUAUUCAGAGAAAUCCUCAAAGAUUAAUACUCAUCAGCCUGUUAUAAGCUGCCCUAUUCUGAAAACUGAAGCUAGAAAUCUUAACUACUCCCCUUUGUGGCAAUCUUUGAUCAGAAUCAUUCCUCUAAACUGUCCAUUGAGUUCAUGAGAACAGUUACCGGUGUGGCUUCAGAGCUCUCAACUUAUUUGGACUGGGAAAUCUUGGCACAAUGUUCUUUUUAAGUCUGCUUGAGCAUACAAUUCGCAUUCCAGCACAGACCCUCAAUAUUCGUCUAGAUAUAGCUAUUUUCCAGGAACUUCAAAAGCUUUUUGUUGAUAAGGUUAUCAAAGACCUAGGCCUUUGUGUUUCUAUUUAUGACAUCCGAGCACUUGAGGGUGGCUUUGUCUUUGCAGGUGAUGGUGCACCUACAUACACGAUAAAUUUCAGGCUGAUCAUGUUCAGGCCUUUCAUUGGAGAGGUACUUGUUGGGAAGCUAAAGAAAUCUGACAAAAGUGGAAUAUAUUUGUCUUUAGGUUUCUUUGAUGAUAUCCAUGUACCGGAACAUCAUCUUCAACAACCAAGCACAUUUGAUGAGAAAGAAAAUGUGUGGAAGUGGGACUAUGAUGGCGCUGAGUUGUUCUUGGAUCUAGAUGAAGAGGUGCGAUUUCGAGUCACACAGCUGAAGUAUCCUCCCAUACCACUUGAACAAGAGAACGAUGCCAAACCAUUUGCACCCAUGGAAAUAAUUGGUGACAUCAAUGGAAGUGGCUUGGGCCUUGUUUCUUGGUGGGCUGAUGAUGGAGAUGCGGAAGCUGAAGAGGAUGCAGACAAUUAGAAGCUUUUAGUUUGUAUGGUUGUUUUAUGUCUUUCCAUUGUCUUUUGGAAAAAGUGAAACAAAGCUCUAAAUUUUUUCAUUGGAAUUUAGAUUCCCAGUUUUAUUUUCAUGUCAGACUCUACUGCUAUUAUUUUUGUAUCUUAAAAAUUUCAUGAAAGAACAAUUUGAAUUGGUACUCUAGGUUAGUGCAGUGGUUUUGGUUGAUCCAACCAAAUUGGUCUUUCUUCCUAUAUUUCUGUGGGAAAUAAUUUUUUUUACCUAUUUUGUUCACAAUUAGAUUGUUGCCUCGAGGCCUUCUUGUAGCAUUGAUGGUGGUAUUGUUGAUUAGCUGAGUGGGAUAUAGAUGAUUUUAAUGUGUCAAGAUAAACAUUAUACCAUUGUUGGUGCACACUUUUUGUUAUUAACUAAGUUUAUACCUUGAGUUA